GAGCGGCGCCUGCGGCGGGCACAACGACAAGACCGCCAUCCGGCGGGCGCGUCACCCGUCACACGCGUCCCCGCCGCUGCACCGGAUCGUGUAAAGCCUGUCACACGUCACACCCCCAUCCGGGUUGUGGGGUUCGCUACAGUAUCCCCGGUGUGGCCAGCGACUCAGCCACACGCGGGCGCCAAAGCAGCGACGAACUCAACAUCACUUUGACCACUACCACAACUUGACGGUACACUGUCUUAGACUUACCGCUACGGUGCGUUGUAGCAUUUGCGGUCAGGCUGCUAAUAAGCUGUAGUCGGCAGCGGAUCCCACGCAAGUGACCGAGGUCAACGCGCUGCAGUCGCUGUGCUUUCUCUGGGACUAAUUGAACGCAACGCCGGCCAUGCCAACGGAACGACGUGUUUCGCUGCCACCAGAAAUUCUAGCCCAAAUCAUAGAUCUUACGCCUCGAGAAGUAAGGCCUGUGUGCCUCCUACUAUCUCGAAUGCUCCACGACCUUGUCGUCCCUCUGGUCUUCUCAUCAGUCACCGUCGAAUUUGGAGCCUGGGAGUACAGUUAUCAUGAUGAGGCAGAUGAUGAUGACGAGGACGAGGAUGACGACGUACAUUUCAAUUCUUCAGGGAUCCCGGGGCUGGCGAAAGAGGGGCGGAGUUCCAGGUCCAUCGAUAUUCUCAAACACAUCAUGGAGGAUUCGAAUUUUGCGAGGGUUGUCAAGAAGCUAGAAGUACGUGCCUACGAGCCGAGGGAGAACCUCCGUGGUUCUGCCUUUGACCUGCGAUGUCUGAUGCUCGCCACGUACCAUUUGUGUAACUUGCACUCGCUGGUGUGGUAUGGGGAAUGCCCGACCCCUUCUCUCGAGAUCCUCGAAUCACUGGGUAGGACAUGCCCUUUGCUACAUGAGGUUGCUCUUCCAUGCUUAGCAUUGAAGGGUCUUCCGCUGCGCGGCCUCAGAGCUCUGCGCUCGAUAAUCGAUAGCGGCACACACUUGAUCAAGACUCCUGUAGAUGAUCUGGACGUCGCGGAAGAUUCCUCCAUUUACCUUCACGGAGAGUCCCUACGGAAGGCUAGCCUCCCAGCCACGUGGAUAACCAGAAUCCCGCCUCGACUCUUACCCAACCUCACACAUGUCGAGUUGUUAUACCUCGACUUGGAGUCUGUGGAGCGGCUCGGACCAUUCCUCAAGGGACUCGCUCAGUUGCAAUCACUGACAAUCAGCUUAGACGAAGUCAUCGCGGAUGCAGUCCUGACAGUCCUGGCAUCGUCGCGCGACCGUAAUCCGCGAUUGACCGAGCUAUGCUUGCAGGACAUGCUGGUAUCAUGGGCCGACGGCGGCUACUCGUAUUCAUUGGAGCGCCGAUUGCUCUCAAAAAUCCUCUUGGGAAGACAUGCGUUGCGGCGUUUUCGCCUUAAUAUGUAUGCAUGUCCUGAGGCCCGUUUGAUUCCUUACCUGGCCAUCCUUGCAACACUUAAAAACCUCGAGGUUCUGGAGCUUGCCUUGAUCGCUCCGAGGGGAGUGCUCACCUGUGACUUCAUGAGCACUCUGGCUUGCCACUUGCCCAAUGGACUUACUGGCUUGGUAGUCAAUGUCUGCGCCGACGUCUUCGAGCCGGAUGCUCUCGAUCUCAUCUGGUCAAAACUCCCUCGGCUGGGCUACCUCCACCUACGGACCCCCGCCGACCUCCCAUCAAUCCGAGACCUGAUCGCCAGAGCGCGAAACCUGAAGGUCUUGGGUCACAAUGGACGGUUGUACGGCGUCGAUUACCGGGCCGGCUCGCCUGAGCUUACGGCGUGGCCACGAAGUAUGAUCUUGUUCAGGAGAGCUGAACUCUACGGAUUUCCGGAGUGGGAAUGGUUGACAAGGCAUACGCAGAUGUAUUCAUAGACACGUUACCGCUGUGACGCGACGAGGCUCGAACAUGCCAUUAGGCUUGCUCUCUGUGACGCGCGCCAGCGGCCCGGAAGACAAGAGAUGUUCCCGACGUGAUGUGUACUGUAGUGAUAAGUAUCAGUUGCGAGCCUCCGAGUCUCCGCAGUGCACGCC